AUGGGACGCAAUUUUCGAUCUAUUUCCACAGCAUCACGCCAAGAGACCAUCUUCGACCUGGCUCCAUCGUCCAUCAACCAGCUGGAAGCAUUACAGGGUGCUUCUCGGGCAUUCGCCAAGCCUGCCCUGAAGCCAAAGCCACCACAACGAACAUUGACAGGGGACAACGGAGCGCUUGCUGCUGCUGCCAAAGCGAAUCUCGACUACAAGUCAACUCCAGCCGUUGCUGCUGAUUCCGCAAAUAACACCUCCAGCAGCUUCUUUAUCGGCAGCGCAAACAUCAGCGGAACGAGACAGAUUGCGGCUAGUCAGAACCCAAAACAGUUCGCAUUCAUCACGGCGGCGACGCUCGCGUCCAGCAGAGCAACUCCUCGAUCAAUUGAGGCCCAUAACCGCAACAAUCCUACGAGAUUGUCGCGCAACCUUGGGACUCCCAGCUUCGUCUCCUCAGAAUUCGAUGAUUCAUCAGAAAAUGGGUCAUUUUCUGCCUCGAACAUGUCCCGCCCAUCACCCGAUUUGCGAGGGCAUAUAGCUCAUUCAACGGCAAAUUCUCAGCAUGGAACUGACGUCACAUCGAUCGCAACGACCAGCUCUUUGAUCAGUCAAUUCGAACAAAAUCAUGCUGGAAAUGUUACAUCUCGAACUCGCCCUGCCGUGGUCGCUACAUCUGCCGCAACUGACAUCCAGUCCCCACGACCCCUUCGUGUAUCGGGCGGGAAUGCACACCCGGCUGCGACAUUAGAGGCUGCGCGUAAAUUUCAAAUCAGCCCCUCUUCAAGGAGCGCAGCAUCGUCCUCCUCAGCUUCGAUUUCUUCAAAACGAGCUGAGAAUGUCCCAAAGCAACCCAACGUUGCAGCUGCUAGAUCUCAGGUCACCCUCGCUGCAAGCCGAGGCGCCGCUGCUGCGGCUCGUCGUACUUCUAUUGACAUUGGUUCUCACCAUGCGGCAAUUCCACCUACCAAGGAACCUCCAAAGCCACCGCUGCGACCCAAGCCUACGAUCCGUGAUAUCCCUCAACGUGCGCACGACCACCCCGAAGCUGAGAAAACGCCCUCGAGCCCGUCAUCCUCCGAAGCAUCCUUUACAUCCGCUGUAGAAUAUAGAACAACAAAGCCGGCACCCACCGUUCCGCCUCCAAGAAGAAGUAGACAGCCUGCACGAGACGAUGAGCUUGCGUCGACCUCUCAAAGUCCAAUCAGACAUACCCCGUCUCCAACCCUCGGGUCAGCUGGACUGCCCGAAGAAUCCCUUCGAAAGGCUAUUGCCCAACGAUACCGUCCCAGUUCAGGGCAGCACCCAGCGCCGCCACUCCUUCGUUCUUCAUCUGCGCUUGAUGACCAGUCAUCGUCGUCAGAGCAUGGCGAGAAACGGCCGAACUCCGUCCUACGCCAUGCCAGUCCCCUCAUGUCAAACGACUCGCUGGCAAAUGCCAUUGUUGCCUCCUCUCUCGCAGCAAGUCGAGCUCCUUCGCCGCCCAAAGCAACGCCAUCCCCCAUCAAUGUUCCGAGCCGCCAUUCCAAGACGCACCUGCCAUUCCACCGCCAUCACCGUUCUUCCGAGUCGCACCGGCCCACCCCCAGCCCGCCCAAGGGCAUGAGAACAACGAUGCGCGCACCUCCCAAGGAAGACUCUGAAGAAGACGCGAAAGUCCGUAGGAGACACAUUCUACACAAACACCCAAAUAAGCAUCACGAAGGCGACCGAAAACGCUGGAGAGAUCAGAUCACUGAGCGCGAGCGCAAACGCUACGAGGGACUAUUUGCCUCGAACAGAGGAAUACAUGUCUUUUUAACCCAAGCCGAGCAGCGUGGUUUUCACAGAAGCAAGCGGUUUCAGGUUCCGUGGGAACCGGAAAGAGAGUUUGUUUCCAACAUUGUCGUUAAAGAUAUCUGGCACCGCAGUCGGCUGCCAGAUCAAAUAUUAGAAGAGAUUUGGGAUUUGGUCGACCGAAGAAUGACUGGAAAAUUAACCAGAGAUGAAUUCAUCGUCGGAACGUGGCUUAUCGACCAAAGCCUCAAGGGUAGAAAAGUCCCCGCAAAGGUUUCUGAAAGCGUAUGGGCAAGCAUACGGGGACUGGCAGGGGUCAAGGUCCCCAAAAAUAAGUGAUAAACCGUGUUGAUUAUUUUUCUUGAAUUUUUCUAUUUGCUGGAGUUUAAUACCUAGGUACUUAUAGAAUCCCCCUCGGUGUAAACGGCGUUCUAAAAAUUUAUCUUUUUUUCAACCCCCAGAUGUCCCCCUUUUUUUUUUUGCUCCUGUCUAUUUAAUCACAUGUAAAUGCUAAUGCAGCGGAUAUCCUAAUGGCGAGAUCUCCUUUUUUUUGUCCCCUUACCAAUCAAAGAAACAACUCAGAGUAGAAUC